AUGGACCACCAGCUCAGUGCAUCAAACACGGAAAAUCCUGGCACCUCCGACGAAAAAAUCGAAAACAUUGAACAGACCAGAACCACCAUCGAGAACACCGAGCAACGCGUCGUUGAUAUCGAGACUGAUUCCUCAGCAGACGGCGACAGACAAUGCCAGGCCUCGCCAUCAUCGCCAAUGGCCUCCGUCACCCGCUCCAACCGGCGAGCUGAGGGCCUUCACCAUCCGCACCAUGGCCAUCAUCAUCACCCCCAUCCCCAUCCGCACCCGCAGCAGCAUCCGCAUCACCUCACCAACCCCCUCACGCGUACCGGCAACCCAACCGCCAGCCUGUUUGCCUCGAGCGACGGCGUCGGCCGGGGCGGUCGUCAGAAACGAACCCUCGAACCUGCCGACCGCGAUAUCGAUGCCUUGAAGCCCAAGAAGACGCGCAUCGCCGUCGAAAUCCUCGCCAGACACCAACCACCACCUGUCCAAGGUGUGCGGACUGCGACGGUUGUUCAGCCUCCGCCGAUACCGCGACCUGCAACAGCCGUGCCUGUGCCUGUGCCAGCACCUCCAGCUGCACUUGCACCUCCAGCGCCCAUCACAAACAACAACACCGCGAUACACAAACCUGUCCCGACUACAACAGUUGCUCCGCCGUCUAGGCCGACUCCUACUUCUGUGAUUGCACCGCCAGUUGCAGUCCCUCCUGCUGUGAAUUCUGGCAAUGCAGUCUCAACUCCGCCUGUGCCUGUGCCUGCACCCACCCCCAAGCCAAGACCACCACUUGAACUGGACCAAAAUCUCACCAAACACCAGGCCAAAGUUAUCAAUGGUAUCAAGGCCGAACUUGAUCGGUUGCAGCCGCAGCCCAUGUCCACCCGCGAACAAGGGCGUAAACUGCGCUCGCAGGAGGCUACUCGAUUCAAGAAUUUAUUGAACCUAGAAACGCCAAUUGUGGUGGUUGACUCCAAUCCUCGACGCGUCAUUACAGAAGCCUCAAAGGGUGCACUUGCACGAGCGCAACAGCAGCAGCAACAACAUCAAAUCCGCACCACCGAGUUUCCUGUUCGCGGUUAUGGUGACUCUUUGUACACCGACGUGUUUGAUUCACAGAGAAUCGAUUUCCGAUUCUUGGAAACCCAGCAAAAUAAUAAGAACCUCGAUGAUCCAUUACCAGAUCGUCUGUUUGAGCCUUCGCACAGGAGAGCCGAACGACUAGAGCGAUCAAUACGCAACACAGAAAAAGGACGUGCUCAGCAUGAAAAGGACCAAAUAAUUCGGCUAUUGGAGGGCCUCCAGGGUCACGACUGGCUGAGAGUAAUGGGAGUGAGUGGUGUAACUGAAACCAAGAAGAAGUCCUUUGAGCCUGCACGUACAUACUUUAUCAAGGGCUGUCAAAGCAUAUUAGAAAAGUUCCGAACAUGGAAUCUGGAGGAGAAGCGGCGAAAACUAGAGAAGGAAAAGGCAUUACAGGCAGAACAAGAAGCCGCACUGGCGCAAGAGGAGGAUCAGCAAGAAACGCCCCUCAAAACAGAGAUUGCGGACUCAGCCUCAGAAGAUGAUGCGGACGAGAGCGAAGACGGCCAAGACCAAGGCUCUAGCAAGAUGGACCACGGUGCAGACGAAGUCAUAGAAGACGUCGAAGAGGUCGUGACCUCACAGAGCGAUACCAGCGAUGCAUCACCUGCUAAGCAACUUCGGCAAGAAGCUCUGGCAAGAUCACAGUUGGCUGCUGCAAAUGCUAGGAAGUUGAAGGCGCCGCCACGGUCCACACCUCCAAAGGCAGCAGAGCCGCCAAAGGAGCUCACUUCGUUCUUCAGCAAGAAGUACGAGCGCGAUAGCGCCCUCAACCGAACACGUCGCACGGGCCGGAAGGUGCUGGCUUGGGGCCACCCGAUUCCAGACAUGGAGGAGGUUGACUUCGUCUUGCCGCAAGAUUAUCGCGAUGAGGAGUUACUGAAAUCCCGGGCGCGCAAGAAACGAAGAGACAAGCGCAACAGCCGGCCUUGA